GAGGCGGGGGUCUCUCCUGGCAGCUCUGGAGCGGAUCGGGAGAAAGGAGGAGGAAGAGGAGGAGGAGGAGGAUGAGUUCCGGAUUCUGCAGCAGAGGGAGCAAGAGGAGACUGGUUUCUCUCUCAACAAGUGCAUCCUAGGAGCUGUCAUACUGCUGGGCCUCGGAACCAUCUUCUUCUCAGGUGUCUUCAUGGACCUGGAUGAUGAGGGGGACUAUGAUGCCAGGGACCUGAGAGAAACAGAGGUGGUGGGAAAACAGGAAUGGCUGAAUCCUGAGGUUCCUCUUCCACCACCUGUAGAAGUUGACAGUACAGACCAACUGAAUAAACUGGCUAAAGAAGACCCACGGAUAGCUGUACUGCAAGCCCAACUCCUGGCACAGAAAGAGGAGCUAAAAGUAGCACAGAAGGAGGCGGAGGAUGGAGGGAAGGAGAGAAAGAAGAGGGAGGAGGUGGAGAAGGAGCACGGUAGGCUGAAGAAAGAGAUGACGUCGCUCCCUGUCCUUCAGAAGGAGAACGAGAGGAUGAAGAGAGAGCUGGAGUCUGUUCCUGUCUUACAGAAGGAUCUAGAGACACUCAGAGCCACAGUGACUGAACUAAAACACAGCACAGCCAAGGAUGCAGCUCCACCUCCAGUCUCUGCCUCUGUCCCGCCCCCUCUGGCCAAGCUGGGGAUGACAGCCAAAACACAGCAGGAACGAUGGAGAGGAGGGCAAGAAGCCAGGGAAGGGAGUGAAAAAGAUUUGAAGGAAGAGGAGGCGGAUUGGAAUAAGGGAGGGAAGAAUGAUUGUAAUAAGGGGAGGGAAGAAUGA